GUCCAGCGGAUGGAAAACUCAGGGCGGAAGUGGCUGGAGGGGAAUGCUUCCGGAGCGCCUUUAUGACUGCCUAUAUUGAAAAGACUUCCAGCUGGAUCACACAAGGGUGAAGAAGACCCGCCCCUCCUCCCUGAUAACAGAGAGGCACAGUGAGCAGAAGACGCCUCCAAUAAGACUACCAAGCUGCUGCCUUGGGAGAUGCUGAGAAGACCGGAAGUCCACAAGGCAAAGUUCACACAACAGUCACCUGGUUUGGUUUCUGCAUAUGACGAGGGACAUGAGGAGUUACGUAAACCGUCUAAAACGCAGAUUGGCGUGACUGAGGAGCCGCCAUCUUGUACGGAAAAAGAGGAGAAGGAAAUUGGUCCACCCACAGAUCGUACUCCACGCUCUUCAACUUCUUUUAAGGAGAAGGGAUCGCACACGCGUGAAGAUCUCCUGAACUCGGAUACAUCUUCAUCAGCAGAGAAUCCACCGUGCGCUUCUAGUCGUGUAAAGGUGGAAACUCAGUUGAGUCAAGGAAAUCUCCAAAUUUCAUCAGUUCUUGUGAAGGAGGAACCCGAAGAACACAAAAAAAAUCCAACAUCUCCAUAUGCACCCAUCAUACAUCAGCUAUAACUCCUCGAAAUAAGGAGAAACCUGUAGAACAUCUCCAGAAAUCCAACAUUUCCAUAUGCACCCAUCAUACACCUCCUUCGAAAUAAGGAGAAACCCAAAGAACGUCUUCAGAAAUCCAACAUCUCCAUAUGCACACAUCAUAUAUCAUCUAUACCUCCUCGUAACAAAGAGGAACCCAAAGAACGUCUUCAGAAAUCCAACAUCUCCAUAUGCACCCAUCAUACAUUAGCUAUAACUCCUCGAAAUAAGGAGAAACCCGAAGAACAUCUCCAGAAAUCCAACAUUUCCAUAUGCACCCAUCAUACACCUCCUCGAAAUAAGGAGAAACCCAAAGAACACCUUCAAAACGCCAACAUCUCCAUAAGCACACAUCAUAUAUCAUCUAUACCUCCUCGUAACAAAGAGGAACCCAAAGAACGUCUUCAGAAAUCCAACAUCUCCAUAUGCACACAUCAUACACCAUCUAUACCUCCUCGUAACAAAGAGGAAACCCAAAGAACGUCUUCAGAAAUCCAACAUCUCCAUAUGCACACAUCAUACACCAUCUAUACCUCCUCGUAAUAAGAAACCUGAAGAACGCCUCCACAAAGCCAACAUGUCCACAUGCACACAUCAUACGCCAUCUAUAUCCCCUUGUAAAAAGGAGAAACCCCAAGGACACCUCCAAAAAGCAAACAUCUCCAUAUGCACACAUCAUACACCAUCUAUUCUCCCCAGUAAUAAGGAGGAACCUGAAGAAUGCCUCCAAAAAUCCAACAUCUCCAUAUGCAAACUUCAUACGCCAUCUAUUUUUUCUUGCAAUAAUGAGGAACCCAAAGAACGUCUCCAGAUAUCCAACAUCUGCAUAUGCGCACAUCAUACGCCAGAUAUACCUCCUUGUAAUAAGGAGGAACCUGAAGAACGUCUUCAGAAAUCCAACAUCUCUAUAUGUACGCAUCAUAUACCAUCUAUUCCUCUCCGUAAUAAGGAGGAACCCAAAGAACAUCUCCAGAAACCCAACAUCUUCAUAUGCACACAUCAUACGCCAUCUAUACCUCCUUGUAAUAAGGAGGAACCCGAAGAACGUCUUCAGAAAUCCAACAUCUCUAUAUGCACGCAUCAUAUACCAUCUAUUCCUCUUCGUAAUAAGGAAGAACCCAAAGAACAUCUCCAGAAACCCAACAUCUUCAUAUGCACACAUCAUACGCCAUCUAUACCUCCUUGUAAUAAGGAGGAACCCGAAGAACGUCUUCAGAAAUCCAACAUCUCUAUAUGUAAACAUCAUACGUCACCUAUACCUCAUAAUAAAAAAGAGGAACCUGAAGAACAUCUCCAGAAAUCCAAAAUCUCUAUAUGUAUACAUCAUACGUCAUCUAUACCUCCUCAUAAAAAGGAGGAACCUGAAGAACAUCUCCAAAAAUCCAACAUCUCUAUAUGUAAACAUCAUACGUCAUCUAUAACUCCUCAUAAAAAGGAAGAACCUGAAGAACAUCUCCAGAAACCCAACAUCUCCAUAUGCACACAUCAUACUCUGUCUGCACUUCCUCUUAAAAAGGAGGAACCCGAAGAAAAUCUCCAAAAACCCACCAUCUCCAUAUGCACACAUCAUACACCGUCUAUGCCUCCUUGUAAAAAGGAAGAACCUGAAGAACAUCUCCAGAAGUCCAGGAUUUUCAUAUGCACACAUUAUACGCCAUCUACGCUUCCUCGUAAUAAGGAGGAACCUGGCUUAAGCAACUCAUGUGAAGAACAUAACUCAUACUUGGACACUACUCCAUCAGUACAUCCAACACCUGUUCACAUUAAGGAUGAAAUAGAUAAUCUGUCAAACACUGACCCUUCCAUUAUCCAAGACAAUGACCAGCAUACAUCCAACAGUAUUAAGGAGACUCUUCUUCCAUGUCAAGACAUCUCUCCUACAGAUCACGUAGAAUAUACAGAUAUUCAGAUUAAGGAGGAACCCAAUUCAUUUGAAGAUGAAGACUCCACCAGCACAAAUGUUUUCACGCCUAGUCAACCAGAAGAAGAGCACACCAGCGCAAAAACCGGCAGCAGUUUAACGCUAACGAAGAGUCCUUUGGAAAGUUCUGUUUUGAUGCCUCAGCUUAGACCAGGCAUGAUAAAAGAUAUCUAUGAGAACUUACAGCUGCAUGGUAUGGCCGGUGCAUUGGAUCUGAGGACACCUUCUAUUAUGAGAAGGACGUUAGACAGCCUUGUUAACCCUGAUAUUCACAGUUUGGCACCUACAUACAUGAGCAGUGGUGCUGGUGGGACUUCAUAUAUAUGUUUUGUUUGUGGGAAGUUAUACAGUGACUUUUCGAAACUCACAAAGCACCAGAAAACCCACAACAGGGAGAAGACCUUUCCGUGUUCGGAGUGUGGGAAGUGUUUCAUGUGGAACGCUCAGCUGGUCAUACACCAGCGCUGUCACACUGGUGAGAAGCCGUAUGAAUGCUCCGAGUGCGGGAAGCGUUUUCCAGAAAAAGGGAGCUUGAUCAGACACCAGCGCACCCACACGGGCGAGAAGCCUUACCAUUGCCCACUGUGUUCAGAGUGCUUUAUGAACAGUGCUCAGCUCGUCGUGCAUCAGAGGAGCCACACGGGCGAGAAACCGUUUGAGUGUUCAGAGUGCGGCAGGAGUUUCCACUGCAGAACACAGCUCAUCAUUCAUAAGAGGGGACACACCGGAGAAAAACCAUUUAAGUGUUAUGACUGCGGCAAACGCUUUGCUGAGAAGGGGAAGCUAGUGCGGCACCGACGGAUCCACACUGACGAGAAACCGUUUGUGUGCACUGAGUGCGGGAAACGUUUUACUGAGAAGGGGAUCCUGGGCAAACACCAGAGAUGUCACACUGGCGAAAAGGAAUUUGAGUGUUCGGAGUGUGAAAAGCGCUUCAGCAGCAAGAUGUCACUGGUUAUCCAUAGGAGGGGUCACACAGGGGAGAAGCCCUAUUCCUGCUCGCUCUGUGGGAAAAGUUACAGUGAUCGCUCGUCCCUCAUCAAGCACGAGAGGACCCACACAGGAGACAAGAUGCUACCUUGCCCCAAUUGUGGAAAACUAUUCCGAGACAAGUCAACGCUGGUUGUACACCAGAGCAUUCACUCGGGGGUGAGGCCAUAUGCUUGCCCGGAAUGCGGCAAAUGCUUCAGCGACAAGACCAUCCUUGCUAAACACCAGAAACUCCACCUGCGUGCGAGCCAGGCCAUCUGCCCGCAGUGCAGCAAGAGCUUCUGUGAUGAGAGGACACUUCUCCGCCACCAGAAGACCCACACAGGCGAGAAGGAGUUUAUGUGCUGCGAAUGCGGUAAGCAUUUCAGAGACAAGUCAACGCUUAUCAUCCACGAGCGCCUUCAUACAGGAGAGCGACCUUACGUCUGCCCUGAGUGCGGGAAGGACUACAGCAACACGUCAGCCCUCGCCAAGCAUAAGAAGUCGCACACCGGGGAUAAGCCGUAUGUGUGUGCCAAAUGUGGGAAAUGUUUCACAGACAAGUCAGCUCUUAUCAUACACCAGCGCCUUCACACUGGCGAAAAGCCUUUUCCAUGCCCUGUGUGUGGAAAAUGCUACAGUGAUAAGUCCUCCCUUGCCAAACAUAAGAAGACACACCUGAGAGACCUGCACAGCAUAGGGCAAACCAUAGGAACAUGUCCAGUAUAACAGUAGACUUCGAAGGUGCCAGGCCAAACCUUCGAAAAACUCAGUGGGGACUUUGACUUUGCCUCAUGACAUCCAGCUUCCUCAGUAAAGGGGCUUGUGCACUUUUUAUUUAAAUAUAUAUGCAAAAUACUUAUAACAGUUUGAUGCCAGAAGUAACAUUUUGGGCACAGAAGCUGCAGACCAGAUCAAGAUAUAUCCCUGGUCGUUUUUUGCACACUGUAUAUGUUGACAUCUUAUGCCAUUACUUUGUAUAUAGCCAUUGCAUACAGACACAACACUUUCCAUGUUACGUCCCUACUUUCUUCUUAAUGGGUGCAGGACUGUAAAUUGGGUAGUUUUACUUUAAUAUUUUAGUUUUUUAUGGUAUUUUCUUUUCACUACAUGUGGCAGUUGCCUAAACGUACAUUAAAGGGUUGUCAUGUUUUUUUUUA